AGUCCUUAGCCCAGACAUGGGUGUCCCGUUGCUGGUGCUGCUCCUGGGUCUGUUGAUCUUUCACCUCGGGCUCUGUGUUUGGGUCGUCUUGAAGCAUUUCCUCAUGGCAGAGCUGCCCUCUACCUUGCAACAUACUGUGAAGAUGAGAUUUCUGCACUGUAUGCUCCUAUAUGUGAUCACUUUGGGCAACAUACUAGACAAGAUGAAAAUUUGCUCCAUGCCCAAGUUUUCCCGCUUUAUACAUGACAGAUUGAGCAUAAAAAAGAAGGACCCUAAAAUGGUGGUGACAGACCUGCACUUUGGAACAAUCCCCGUGAGGCUGUUCCAGCCCAAGGCAACAUCCUGCAGCCCCCGUCGAGGCAUAAUCUUCUACCAUGGAGGAGGUUCAGUGGUUGGCAGCCUUGAUUCGUACCACAACUUCUGUCUUUUACUCGCUCGGGAAACGGAUUCUGUGCUGUUGGCUGUGGGGUACCGGAAGCUUCCUUACUACCAUUACCCUGCCAUUACCACUGACUGCCUGAAUGCUGCCAUCCACUUCCUGAAGUGGCUGAAAAGCUAUGGUGUGGACCCUUCCCGGGUUGUGAUCUGUGGAGAAAGCAUUGGAGGAGGGGCUGCUGCCCAUGUCACCCAGGCCUUGGUGGGCCAUAAAGAUCUCCCCCAAAUCUGGGCUCAGGUCCUGAUUUAUCCACUUAUCCAGGCUAUCAAUUUCCAGUUACCAUCUGCUCAGCAGAACCAAAAUAUUCCAUUCCUCACCUGGGACUUCUUGAUAAUGUGCAUUUGUAGAUAUAUGGCCAUUGACCUCUCCUGGAAAGAUGCCAUACUGAAAGGUGCUUUUAUACCCCCAGAGACCUGGAAGAAGUACAGGAAAUGGCUCAGCUCUGACAACAUCCCCAAGAGUUUCAAGAAGAAAUACCAGGAACCUGAGUAUCCUGGGCCUUUUAAUGAGGCUGCCUAUCUGGAAGCUAAACAUCUGUUAGAUGUACACCAUGCACCACUUCUUGCAGAUGAUGAGACCAUUGCUCAGCUUCCUGAAACAUUUCUAGUGAGCUGUGGUCAUGACAUACUCCGUGAUGAUGCCUUGCUCUAUAAGAAACGCUUGGAAGACCAGGGGGUUACUGUGAGCUGGUAUAAUGUGGAGGAUGGCUUCCAUGGAUGCAUGGUUUUAUAUGAUAAGAAGUUUUUCUCUUUUUCAUGUUCCUGUAAAAUUUUCAAUGCUGUAGUCAGUUACAUAAAGGGCAUAUGACAGUACACUGGGACCACGAAUAGUGUGAGACCCAAAUACUUCUGCCACACUGGGGUGGGGGUUCUGCUGCGUUCUAUUUUAUCUCAGAAGAAAAUUCUAAUCCAUCAUGGCCCAGUUAGUGAGGAUAAGAUGGAGUGAUAAACUUUCUGGAUUUCAUUUCCCAGAAAAUAAAAACUUUGUCUACCAAUACUAUCAUUGUUCAGU